AUGUGGGAAGAAGAGAGUGUCAAUCCAACAAACAUCAUUUCUGGUAAUUUUACAGCACCUCGUUCUCUCUUCGUGACAUUGAAUGAUGAUAUUUAUAUUGAUGAUGGAUAUGAGAAUGGUCGAGUGCAGAAAUGGAGUGCAGAAACAAAUAACUUUGCCACGGUGAUGAAUGUCAAGUCAUCCUGUUUUGGUUUGUUUAUCGAUAUCAAUGAUACACUUUACUGUUCAAUGUCGAGUCAUAAUCAAGUAGUGAAAAGAUCAUUAAAUGAUGCUGCGAUGACUUCAAAUCGUGUUGCCGCUGGAACAGGUAUCGAAGGAUCAGCCUCGAACCAACUCGAUGGUCCACGUGGAAUCUUUGUGGAUGUGAAUUUGGAUUUAUAUGUGGCAGAUUGUUAUAAUGAUCGAGUUCAAUUAUUUCACUCAGGAGAAUCAAAGGGUAUCACGGUAGCUGGAAGUGGAUCACUAAAUCCAAUAAUUACACUUCGUCGUCCAACUGGAAUUAUAUUAGAUGCUGAGAAAUAUUUAUUUAUUGUGGAUCAACACAAUAAUCGAAUUGUUGCAUCAAACUCAAAUGGUUUUCGAUGUUUAGUUGGAUGUUAUGGACAGGGUUCACAGUCUCAUCAAUUGGGUAAUCCAUCUAGUAUGAGUUUCGAUCAUUCUGGAAACAUAUUUGUUGUUGAUCAUCACAAUUCUCGAAUUCAAAAAUUUUUAUUGAUGAAAGAUUCUUUUGGUAAGUUGAAGAAAAGUUGA